AAGUUGACAUGCGUAGUUGGAAAUUAACCGACUGCAUUAGAAGAAAACAACCAGUGAUACGGGCGUAAGGUCGCGAUGGCUGUGUCUUUAAUUUCUUUCUUUAUCCCUUUUAUUUGCCUUUUAGCAGUUGCCCCAUCAUUGCGUGCAGAAUUGACGUGGAAAAGAAGAAUUACAGUAUCACAACAUGGUGGAGUGGACACGAGCUCUUGCUGGAAUGAAACAAUUCCUUGUAAAACCUUAGACUAUGCCUUAGCUCAUGUAAUUAAUUCAACUCUUGUGCAGCUAAUAGCUGGAAAGAAGCCGUACAAUCUCAGCCAGCAUUUUGACUUCAUGAAUUUGCACGGGUUCGAAUUGGUUGGCGAUCCGUACUCGAUAGUUUCCAUCGAAUGCCCCUGGAAUAAUGGCAGUUUAUCCUUUGAAAACAGCGACAAUAUUACUCUGAGCGGAAUCUUGCUGCGUGGCUGUGGCGGACUGCAUGCAAGUACCACUGGCAGAGAUUUUAAAUAUCCCCACAUCGAGUUUUAUUCAGCUGUUUUUCUGGUGUACUGUAAACACAUUGUUAUCGACCACUGCAAUAUUGUCGACAGUCCCGGAAUUGGACUUAACAUGUACGACAUUGGUGGUGAGGUUCGUAUUUCACAUUCUCGGUUUGAGAACAAUCGGCCGGAUAACUUAAAAGAUGAUGAAAAAGAUGUAGCAAUUGCAGGAGGUGGCAUUUACAUGGAGUUAACCUACAGGGGUGGAACUUUUCCCUUUGAUUUCAAUUCAACAACAUUGGCUCAGUUUGACACCAACAGUAGUUACACUUUCUACAACUGUACGUUCAAAAAGAAUUGUGCACCAAGUCAACAGUAUGAAACAAUAGUCAAACUUCCAAUUGGGGAUGAUCACAUUCCCUUUGGAAGAGGAGGAGGUUUGUCUAUAUUUGUCAAUGGGAAAGCAGAAAAUAAUGUUAUUCAUGUGACUAGAUGUCAGUUUGAAGAAAAUACUGCCAUUUGGGGUGGCGGGAUUUUCAUAGAAUUUCAUGACAAAGUGCAAAACAACACAUUUGAAGUAACAGACUGUGUGUUUCAUAACAACAAUGCUACGUAUGCUGGAGGAGGCAUCAGAAGUGGUACCACUGCUGGAGACCAUCAGCUAGGGUUACUUCCAAACAAAAUGAAGUAUGAACUUUGCAAGUUUGAAAACAAUACUGCCAUCUUAGGAGGAGGAGUAUCAUUUUAUGAAUGGCAAUCUUUUUUCAAAGGCAAUGGUGAUGGGCUUUAUAUAGAAUACAAAAACUGUACCUGGAGGAACAACACAGCAACAAUGGGUUCUGCUAUUGGAAUGUCUACACAGGCAGCAGUAAAUGGUCUCCCAAAUUCUGUCACAAGAGGAACUAAACUUUAUGUUAUUGUUCUUGAGGACUGUAAUGUCACAAAAAACCACAUAAUAUUGACAGAAGAUGAAAAAGUCAUUGGCCAAGGAGCAAUUUAUUCCUACUCCCUACCAGUCAUUUUUAAAGGAGUUGUGUACAUUGAACAUAAUGACAAUACUGCAAUGGUGGUUGAGAAUGUUGUGCUGUACAUUUUUGGUCAUGUGACAUUCCGAAAUAACUCAGGAGGGGAGGGGGGUGCACUAGGAUUGUAUGGCCUUUCAUUCUUAAUGCUUAUGCCAUACAGCACCCUUCACUUCUUUAACAACACUGCUCAAAAGAGAGGUGGCGCUAUUUAUGUGAAAGACUCUGGUCCUCCUGUGGUGGCCUUCAAUACAACUCAGCUUAAGACACGACAGUGUUUCCUUGCCUAUAACCACAGCUUCAGUCUACAGAAUAUCACGGAAUGGCAAACUCAAAUAGUUUUUGAGGGUAAUCUGGUAGUAGCAACAGGUGGUGGAGACUCAGUGUAUGCUUCCACUCUUCAAGGAUGCCGUGAAGAUGGAGUACCUCGCAUAAACCACAGAACUCUGGAGUGGGAAGACACAAUUCUAUAUCGGGAUGAAAACAAGAGCAGUGAAGCACAAAUAUCUACUGAUCCAGUCCUAAUCAAGUUCAAUGAAAAUGAGUGGAUGGUUUCUCCAAGUGAAGUCUUCGACCCAACUGUUGAGUUAAUUGAUGAAAAGGACAGUUCUGUUUUAGGUGUUGUUAAAGUAACCAUAACUGAAGAACAAAAUCAAAAUGCUGCAGGCAAUGUUGGACUUGGAACAGCUUCUAAGUUGUUUCUAGUGCUUGGAGAUCAUCCCAAGAUCUACAGCUUGCAUCUUGUUGGAGGUGUAAAACGUCCAUUUAAAGUUCAACUCAGCACUGUUGUGGGUCGUGUUGUGCAGAGUUCUUCCAAAGGGAAAUUGACUUUACAACAUUGUAAUGAUGGAUUUGAGCAGACAGAUAGCAAGACCUGUUCUUGUAUCUCAAGCUCUGUUGAGUCAGGUAUUUCAAACUGUAGUUCAGAUGCCAAGUAUGUGUUCUUAAAGAGAGGAUAUUGGGGUGGAGUAAAAGACAAUAAAUUCAGCACAUACCCUUGUCCACCAUAUUACUGUAAUCUCUCUGAACGUGAACCAACUUUCCGAUACAGUCCUGAAACAAUGUGUACCAAAGGACGCGAUGGUACAAGCAUUCUGUGUGGAGCAUGCAAACAUGGCUACUCUGUGAAUUUAGGCAAUGAACAGUGCAGACCAUCAUGUACAAAUGUCCACAUUUUACUUUCUCUGGUAUUCUUUUUUGUGACACCUGUGCUGGUCCUAAUGGUGUUUCGGAUCAAUUUGGACAUCUUCACCACAUACCUCAACACCUGGCUGUAUUCUUAUCAAAUUAUUUUGUUUCUUCUUCAAGAAGGACAAAAACUUGAUCCCUUCAUCUCUUUUGUGAUUGGUCUUGCCAACUGGGAAAUAAAUGGUGCUGGAACUUGCUUUUACAAAGGAAUGACUAACCUUCAGAAACUUGGUGUGAACUACAUUUUUCCACUGUAUGUUCUUCUCAUACUGGUGAUUUUGGCCAAGAUUGCAAAUUGCCGCCCUGCCUGCUACAUAAACAGGAAUGUCUCUCAUGCCUUCUGCACUCUGUUGGUUGUGUGUUACACAAAUGUGACCAUGAUUUCAUUCAACAUUGUUCACUAUGUUCCCAUACAAGAAAGAUGGGUGCUGUAUGCAAAUGGUAACAUCGACUUCAAAAGAGAUUGGAAGGAACACUUACCAUUUACCAUCAUUGCCUGCCUAUGGAUUAUUUUUUUUGUUAUAUUCAUACCGUUGAUUCUUCUCUUUACACCAUGGUUCUUAAAGCACUUUCGUUAUUUGAAAAAUUUCAGAUUGUACUAUGACAACUUCCAGAAGUGCUUUAAAAAUGAAUUCAGGUGGUUUGCAGCAUUUUAUUUCUUGUGUCGCAUUUACAUCCUGCUGAUUGCCUUGUAUGUUCCAUUUGGGCCCCUGAAGAGAUCCAUCCUGGAAGUGUCCUGUGUCCUCAUUGCAGUCACAGGACUGUAUCUUCGUCCUUACAAUGAGCAGUAUGAGUACCUUAACAGACUUGAUGCAGUGCUUCUUACAAACUUGUGCUUGAUUGUUAGCUUCAGUUCGGGUAUUGUCAGUGACGCACCAACAUCUGUCUUUAAUGGCCUUAGUCUGAUUGUAGAGCUUCUGGCAUAUGUACCUCUUGUUUACCUGCUUGUGCUUGUUCUGUAUCGUGGCUGGAAGUACUGCUGUCCAAAAGACUUUGAUGGUUACCAUGAAGGGAAAAGCUCACCUUCUAUGACUGACACUGGAGCUCCUCCUUCACCAGUCUAUCACUGGUAAUUCAAGAACUUCCACAUCCUUUGAGUGACCAGCUAAAAAGUAGGUCAACCUAAAGGUGUAACUGACUUGUCUUAGAAAAUGCCCAUACCCACCCAUAAGAGAGUUUUUUUUAUCAAAAUUCCCCUCCCCCACCUGCCUUACCUCACCCUGAAAUUUUUAUCCUCAGAAACUACAUCUGGUGACCACAAAAGACAUUUUUUCACCUUGUCAGGAGUGUGAGACAAAGAAAAAAUUCUGAGUCCUCUUGAGAAAUUGAACCUCAGACUUUUGGAUUCAGCGCUUUGAUGCUCUCUCACUGAGCCACAGACUCUGCAGUGAGCUAACCAAUUACAAGGUUUAUUAUAUGACAUGCGUCCUGCAUCCUGCUAGGAUCAGUACAGGCAGAGCAAACUAUGUGUUUGUGGUUUGUGUUUUUUGGCCAAAAGUAAUUUUGUAAAAAGUCACUUCAAACAGCCUAUGAAGGUGAAAAAAUUCCACAAAUGAGUGGAUUAACAUUUUAUUGAACUUUAUUAAGAUAUUCAGACUGAGAUCUAAUUUAGAUAUGCAAUGUUUAGAGCUUUAUUCAAAACCCUCAUUGAUUUUGUUUGUCUCAUGUCAACAAUCAUUAACCACAAACACAUAGUGUGGUCUGCCUGCGUGAUCAGCAUUGUUGAUAGCAUCAUGUUUAUAUACAGAAUAAGAAAGAUGGCAAAUUUUGAGCUUGGUAAAGAAAUAAUGAAAAAUUUUAUUUCCUCUUGUCAUUAGCAUAGGACCAAGAAAAAUUCUGAGCCCCAAGAGGAAUCGAACAUGAGACCUUUGGAUUAUGCACUCUGCUGCUCUGCUAAUGACCAUCUUUCUUAGGCAGUGAACAUGAAUGCUAGGCUGUAAGAGAUUGAGGUUAAGAAACAUGGAAGAUUAUUGCUUUUUUGUUUGGAAAAAAUCUAAUUGCAAGCUGGCAAAUAGGACUGGAACUAACUAGAAGCUAUUAGGACUUACCAGGAUUAGUUUUUGCCUGAAGUUAAUACCCCAAUGAACUUGUGGCUGGUUUUAUUUUUUUAGAGUGAAGUUAACAUUUGCCAUACUUAUUUGAUUAAGUGCCCAACCUUGAAUAAGCUCCUAUUCUGUUGAAAUGAAAAUUUAAAAAGCACCCAGCCACCCUCCUCCUCCACAAAAAAAUAAAAAAAAUAAAAAAAAGAGCAAACUUAAGUGCAUGAGAGGAUCAUUGAUUAUUACUUCCUUUCUUUAAAUUCACUGUAUAUGUACAUCUUCAUGUUUGGUAUGAUUCAUUUUUUUGUUGUAAAAUAAACUUAUUACUUGCUGAAAAUGUUAAAAAUUGAAUAAGCCCUGCGCCUUGAAGGAGCACCCACUCUUAAGAUCCAAAAAUUUGAAAAGCAUGUAGGACAUUUAAUAAAUAUGGUAUUGAGAAUCAAAUAACCAUAUUACUUCCAUGGAAUUCACAGCAUAUUGGAUUGGUCAUAUCAUGAAUUGAUCUGAUACUUGUAAAUGAAGUUUUUAUCCAAUUUUUGUAUCUGGAGCAGUUAGACAUUCUGAUUGGAAGUUUUUAAGAAAUAUUCUCUAAAUUAACUUUGACGAAAGUAAAUGUGGGUUCUGUGGGAGUGGUUUUGAAAUUAUGUUGCCAUUGUCCCCGUUGCUCACAUAUUUCAAUUAUUUUAUUCUUUAUUGGGAAAGUUAUUUUAUCAAGUAUGAAAACCCAGUACUUUGCAGGAAAUUUAAGUUUCCUACUGCCUGGAUUGAAUUUUGAAACAUUUAAUCUUGAAAAUUGCUGGAGUGUGUCAAAAUGGUGUGAGCAAUUUUAUAUUAUUAUUUUCUACCUCCUUUAAUGAAGUGUAGUGUUAACAAGAUGGAAUACUUAUUACUCAAUAUCUUAGUUACAGUGAGGGUAAUGGGGUUAAUGAUAUACAAAAACCCCAUAAGAGACACUUAGACUUUGCCUUAAGGCUGUAAAGCAGUACAAUAGAUUGGUUUUUGAUCAGAGUAGAAACUUUCUCUGUUUCAAGUUUAGUACAUUAAACUUUGUUGGGACUUUUUGCACUU